GUCAUCCAAUGCGACGGCUCCUGAAGCCACACUGCUACAGUCUCGCUUUGUGAAACACUGUCAGAAGUGUGAUCGAGUUCAGAAAGAAUCUCAUCGGCAAGAGGCAGACAAGAAAAAGAAGAAGAUGCCAAAAAUGUAUCCAGCUGGCCAGAAGAGUUUACAGAAAGAACAUCAAUGUGAAGAUGAUGUCUCUGAAAAGAGGAACAAAAGAAAGGGUAGGACUAACAUUCAGAGACCCCCGCAAAAUUAUAAACCGUAUGAAGGUGAGAGACUGUAAUCCUCAAUAUAUGGGCCCAGAUGAAGACUUAAACAGAUUGGGCUCCAGUUUGGGCAGACGCUGCUCCUUGAAGGACAGUAAUGCCCACAAGCCGUCAGAAUCCUCGAAGACUAACACAGUGAGGCCCGAGAAGAAAUUGUGUCCAAAUCAAACUGGAGAAGAUUUUCAAGAGAAUGACAACUUGUCCUCUCUUCAGGGUCGUCCACAAAUUAAACAACCUGAUAAGAACAGGAAGAAACUGGCAUCUGCAACAAAGACCUUGGUAACGGCCUCUCAGCACCCUAGAUUUCAGCCUAUUGUGAAGCUAACAAGGAUCGAUGCCAUCAAAUCUCAAAGAGUGUUCAAUAUAAAUCCAAUCCGUCAACAGUGUGUGGAAACAUUUAAAUACAAAUUGAAUUCUAAAGAUAAUGGAGGGAUUCAUGGGAGUAAGAAACCGUAUCACUGUCCAGAAGGUGGGAAACAAUUCUCAGAUAGUCACAUGCCUAAGAAACGCAGAGAAGAUAAUACAGGGAAGGAGUCAUACCACCGUUCUAAAUGUGUUAAGAACUUUUCAAAACACAGCCAUACCACAACUCCCAUUGUAGAGAAACCAUAUUUGUCUAAACGUGGCAAACGAUUCUCACAAGUGAGCCACCUUCAGACAGACAUGAUUGGUCACGGACGACAGGGUUUAUGUUGUUGUCCAGUAUGUGGUAAACAUUUCUUUGACAAGAGCCGUCUUCGCAUACACAAAAGAAUUCACACUGGAGAGAAACCAUAUUGUUAUUCUGAAUGUGGCAAACGGUUCUCACAAUCAAGCCAUCUUCAGACACACAUGAGAGUGCACAAAGGAGAACAGCCAUUUUCCUGUUCUGAAUGUGGCAAACGGUUCUCACAAGCAGGCCAUCUUCAGACACACAUGAGAGUGCACAAAGGAGAACAGCCAUUUUCCUGUUCUGAAUGUGGCAAACGGUUCUCACAAGCAGGCCAUCUUCGGACACACAUGAGAGUGCACACAGGAGAACAGCCAUUUUCCUGUUCUGAAUGUGGCAAACAGUUCUCACAAACAAGCCAUCUUCAGAAACACAUGAGAGUGCACACAGGAGAACAGCCAUUUUCCUGUUCUGAAUGUGGCAAACGGUUCCCACAAACAAGCAAUCUUCGGACACACAUGAGAAUACACACAGGAGAACGGCCAUUUUCCUGUUCUAAAUGUGGCAAACGGUUCUCACAAACAGGCCAUCUUCAGACACACAUGAGAUUGCACACAGGAGAACAGCCAUUUUCCUGUUCUAAAUGUGGCAAACGAUUUGCAAGUAGCAGUAAUCAUCUGAAACAUUUAAGAGUUCACACUGGUGAGAAGCCCUAUUGCUGUCCUGAAUGUGGCAAAAGAUUUUCCAACACAAGCAGUCUUCGGACACACAUGAGAUUGCACACAGGAGAACAGCCAUUUUCCUGUUCUAAAUGUGGCAAACGAUUUGCAAGUAGCAGUAAUCAUCUGAAACAUUUAAGAGUUCACACUGGUGAGAAGCCCUAUUGCUGUCCUGAAUGUGGCAAAAGAUUUUCCAACACAAGCAGUCUUCGGACACACAUGAGAAUACACACAGGAGAACGGCCAUUUUCCUGUUCUAAAUGUGGCAAACGGUUCUCACAAACAGGCCAUCUUCAGACACACAUGAGAUUGCACACAGGAGAACAGCCAUUUUCCUGUUCUAAAUGUGGCAAACGAUUUGCAAGUAGCAGUAAUCAUCUGAAACAUUUAAGAGUUCACACUGGUGAGAAGCCCUAUUGCUGUCCUGAAUGUGGCAAAAGAUUUUCCAACACAAGCAAUCUUCUGCGUCAUGCAGAAGUCCACAAUUAAGACCAUCUUUAGGCCUGUUCUGAAUGUGGCAAGAAAUUCUGAGAAAGAAGCAGUCUUCGUAGACAUAUAAGAACACACAUUUGAUAGAGGCCAUACUCGUUUCCUGAUUGUGACAAGCUAUUCACCGAUAACUGCAGCCUUCAUAGUCACAACAGAAUUCAUUCUGGAUUAAGGCCACAUUGUUGCUCUGAAUGUGGCAAGCGAUUCAUACAAUCCUUCAGUCUUCAGCGACAC